CAGAAUUUUGUUGUCCAGCAGAAAUCUGGACAACGUGCGGCAAACCCCAGCAUGCGUGUGUCUGUAUCAGAAGAUAGUGUGGUGGGAUGCAGACCUGUGUUCCAGUGGGCGGGGUUUAAGCUGUAAUUGGGCUGGAACUCUUCAGUCCAAUCUGGCAACCCUGGUCAUCGGAGUUCAUCCUCAGCGACCGUCCUGAGGGGAACAGCAGCAGCUCACUUCUGGCAGCGAACUGAACAUUAAUCUACUUUACUAAGGGUGAAGUCAAUGAAGAAAUGAAGACCCAUGGUCAUUUUGUGAUCCUUCUUCUUUAACAGACCCAAGAUGGAGUCAUCUCCAGGGCAGGAUGUUCCAGAGCCUGGAAUGUCUGUGACGGAUCACCUCCAUCCUGUGAGUCAAGUCACAAUACACAAACGGCUUCAAAUGCAGUUUAACUGCUCAGACUGUGGGAUGAGUUUUCAGUGUCUGAGUAUUCUCAAACAACACCGGCUCAUUCACACAGGAGAGGAGCCGUAUCACUGCUCACAGUGCGGGAUUAGUUUUAAGUAUCGGAGUACUCUCAGACAACACGAGCGCAUUCACACAAAAGAGAAAGCACAUCAGUGCUCAGAGUGCGGGAUGAGUUUUGCUCAGUUGAGUACUUUAAAAAGCCACCGGCUCAUUCACACAGGAGAGAAGCCAUAUCACUGCUCAGAGUGCGGGAAGAGUUUUAAGUAUCAGAGUACUCUCAUACAACACAAACGCAUUCACACAGGAGAGAAGCCGUAUCACUGCUCUCAGUGCGGGAAGAGUUUUAAUCAUGUCACUUCUCUGAAACGACACGAGCGCAUUCACACAGGAGAGAAGCCACAUCACUGCUCAGACUGCGGGAUGGGUUUUAAUCGUCUGAAUUCUCUCAAUCAGCACGAGCGCAUUCACACAGCAGAGAAGACGUAUCACUGCUCAGAGUGUGGGAAGAGUUUUAAUCAUAUCAGUACUCUCAAACGACACGAGCGCCUUCACACAGGAGAGAAGCCACAUCGCUGCUCAGACUGCGGGAUGAGUUUUAAUCGUCUGAGUACUCUCGAACAACACCGGCUCAUUCACACGGGAGAGAAGCCACAUCACUGCUCUCAGUGCGGGAUGAGUUUCAGUCAUGUGAGUAUUCUCAAUCAACACAAGCGCAUUCACAGAGGAGAGAAGACAUAUCACUGCUCAGAGUGUGGGAAGAGUUUUAAGUUUCGGAGUGCUUUCAGUCAACACAAGCGCAUUCACACAGGAGAGAAGCCGUAUUACUGCUCAGAGUGUGGGAUAAGUUUUAAUCGUCUAGAUACUCUCAAACAACACAAGCGCAUUCACACAGGAGAGAAGCCACAUCACUGCUCAGAGUGUGGGAAGAGUUUUGCUAAGCGGAGUACUUUAAAAAGCCACCAGCGCAUUCACACAGGAGAGAAGCCAUAUCACUGCUCAGAGUGCGGGAUGAGUUUUAAGUUUCUGAGUGCUCUCAAUCAACACAAGCUCAAUCACACAGAAGAGAAGCCAUAUCACUGCUCAGAGUGCGGGAAGAGUUUUAAGUUUCUGAGUGCUUUCAAUCAACACAAGCGCAUUCACACAGGAGAGAAGCCAUAUUAUUGCUCAGACUGCGGGAUGAGUUUUAAGUUUCUGAGUGCUUUCAAUCAACACCAGCGCAUUCACACAGGAGAGAAGCCAUAUCACUGCUCAGACUGCGGGAUGAGUUUUAAGUUUCGGAGUGCUUUCAAUCAACACAAGUGCAUUCGCAAAGGAGAGAAGUCAUAUCACUGCUCAGAGUGUGGGAAGAGUUUUGCUCAGCUGGGUAAUUUACGAAGCCACCAGCGCAUUCACACCACAGAGAAGCCAUAAUCUCACCAAGUCAUCAGCUACUGUAGAAUAAAUGUAUAGAUAAAUUUGCAUUGUUUCCUGUUUUUGGAUGUACACUAGUCUGCGAUUUAUACUAACACUUGUGUACUAGUCUGCGAUUUAUACUGAGACUUGUGUACUAGUCUGUGAUUUAUACUGAGACUUGUACACUAGUCUGAGAGAAUGCAGAAAGAAACAGAUAAUAUUUGCACAAUCAUGCAUUCAAGUUCAAAACAAGUUCAAGUUUAAUGGCUUUACAAAUCUUUUCUCAAUGCAUAUGAUUAGACCUCAGUAAAGUACAUUUUCAUAAAAAAAUUGUAACUAAAAAUUUUAGAAAUGUAGAAAACUUCCUGUUUCGGUAAUGAUAAUCAAAAAGUGGUGUUAACAUUCUGACAAUAGAAUAUUUAACAUUUAACUGGAGAGAUAUGAAGAGAUGAUCUUGCCUGGUCACCAUCUUGAAGUAACUGUCCCAUGUGCUCCAUCACUCAUAAUCAAACUUUAUUUCCAUUCUGUAUGUGUGUUUAAACAGUCCUCAAAAAGUGUUGUGGAGGAUGAGAACAUCAGGCAUGGACACAUCAUUUUCCUACUUUUUUUCAUCAUUAUUAUACAUGAAUAUUCAGUAAAUUAUUUUUUCUGACACACAUUCAGACACAUCCGGACGCGUUGCGGUAAUGAGAAUUUCAACAGAAAAUGCAGUAAAAUAGAAAAAUAAUUCAUUCUCAUGUUGAAUUUCCACAUUGUGCAAGGUAGAAAACAGUAUUGACUUUAUUCUGAUGCUUUUUUAUAUUACUAAAUUACACUUUUUAUAUUUAAAAUCAUUAGUGCCGUGGUGUUUCAAUGGUUUUGUGAGAGUCACCCCCAUAUAAGGGUAUCAUCAGUCAUGACGCAGAGUUUCGUUCUACAUACGUAACCUGUUGUAGUUUUUGAAUAUGAUAUAAACAAUAAAAAGAACUGUCAAAGCUUCAUUUUAAUUACUCUAAGUCAACAACAAUUAUUUUUGUAUGGAUUACACAAAGUAUUUUAGUAUGUUAAACAGCAUCUUAGUUAAAUUACUAGGGAAAUUAGAGUAAGGUUUACUCAAAAUAUUUCAGCUACAACUGCUUUAAAUACACUAUAUUGCCAAAAGUAUUUGCUCACCCAUCCAAAUAAUCAGAAUCAGGUGUUCCAAUCACUUCCAUGGCCACAGGUGUAUAAAAUCAAUCACCUAGGCAUGCAGACUGUUUUUACAAACAUUUGUGAAAGAAUGGGUCGCUCUCAGGAGCUCAGUGAAUUCCAGCGUGGAACUGUGAUAGGAUGCCACCUGUGCAACAAAUCCAGUCGUGAAAUUUCCUCGCUCCUAAAUAUUCCACAGUCAACUGUCAGCUGUAUUAUAAGAACGUGGAAGUGUUUGGGAACGACAGCAACUCAGCCACGAAGUGGUAGGCCACGUAAACUGACGGAGCGGGGUCAGCGGAUGCUGAGGCGCAUAGUGCGAAGAGGUCGCCAACUUUCUGCAGAGUCAAUCGCUACAGACCUCCAAACUUCAUGUGGCCUUCAGAUUAGCUCAAGAACAGUGCGCAGAGAGCUCCAUGGAAUGGGUUUCCAUGGCCGAGCAGCUGCAUCCAAGCCAUACAUCACCAAGUGCAAUGCAAAGCGUCGGAUGCAGUGGUGUAAAGCACGCCGCCACUGGACUCUAGAGCAGUGGAGACGCGUUCUCUGGAGUGA